UGCACGGGCAGUUAUUUGCACGAACUGGCACGAGAGAGCACUAGUAGUGACGAAGGAAUGCAGUCGGUUAAAUCGAUGGCAGCGUAAGGUGGUGGAAAGGUUUCACAUGCGUUAUCUUUAAUCGAUCUAUGUACGUAAGUACUGGAGUAUAUUGUACCUGUUGGUAAUCUGUUAUACCGAAAUUUAGAUAUUUGUUUGAAACUGAGCGGUUGCAUGUUGUCUUUGGUAUAAACUAGGAAUGAAAUGGGUAGCAAAACACCAGUGUCGAUUCUCCAGGAGAUGUGUAUUCGCAACGGCAAUCUACCUCAAUAUGAACUGAUACAUGAUGGUGGGGGAUCGCACGAAGCAUUAUUCAAGUACCGGGUGCUAGUUGGUGAAACUACAGCUAUUGGCAGUGGUCGCUCCAAAAAGGAAGCUAAACACGAUGCUGCCAAAUGUAUCCUGAAAAGACUGAAUGAAGUAGAAACAUCAUCACCCGAGCCCAUCCCCAGUGAGAUGAUAGAUGUGUCAUAUGUGACAUCACCAUAUGUGGGCAAGCUGCAAGAGAAUGCUGUGGGUGCACUGCAAGAACUGUGCAUGACAAAUGAUAUACAGGUUCCUGUUUACAAGGUGAUUGGAGAUGAGGGCCCACCUCAUGCAAAGCAAUUUACUGUCAUGUGUCAGGUGUCUAAACUUGAGGAAUCAGCGGUUGCUCGAACCAAGAAACAAGCCAAGCAGCAGGCAGCCUUUAAGAUGCUGAACAGACUCAAAAGAUCACUUGCAGAUGUCCUUACCUUGACAGUCAAUGAGAAGGGAAAUGUCUUAUCAGAAAAAGAAGAGGACAGAGAUGUAAAUGUUGAGAUUGCAGUAUCAAAGUACAAUAUGUACAAGGAAAUGGGAAUUUCUGCAGUUAACACGCAUAAGAAACCUAUUGGCCAGAAGAUCUCUGGGUACCAUACUAUGUUGAAAAGUCUCGACAGUGUACUACUUAACAGGCUUAGGGAAGGCGAAGAAAAUCUGACAAAGGAAGCAGCUGAGGACCCAAUUGGUGUUCUCAAGAUGGUUUUGGAGGAACUAAACCUGGAUGCUGAAAUAAAUGGUGUUGAGGCCACCACAUCCAAUCGGCAUGCAACUCUUCUGUCGAUAUCCACAAGCCCUGAGUCUGUCUUGUUUGGGGUUGCGAGUACAGUGGACGAAGCUUACAACUUAGCAGCAUCCAGUGCACUGGAGCAUCUGAAGCUCAUGACUGCGUAAGGUAUUGUGAAGAGUGAGCCACUGUUACAGUGUUUAUACAUCAAUAAAUAUACUGCUUGCAAAUAUGUAUAAAUAUUAAA